AUGAAAAUGGAGAAAUCCUUCACUUUGGUUCAGACAGUUGUCACUGCAACAGUCUUCUCUGCGGUUUCCGGCUGGUACGGGUUCAUGUUCGGAAGAGAAUCUGCUCGCAAAGAGCUCGGCAGCUUGAUCGACGAUCUUCGCCGUCAAAAUCCCAACUCCGAUCAUCCACCACCACCACCUCAUGCUUGA